CCUAUCCUCAUAAUUGGCGGCUCUUCUGCUGUCGGUCAGCAGGCAAUUCAAUUCGCGAAGCUGUCCGGCUUCUCGCUUAUCAUCACGACAGGCUCGCUGCAUAAUGAGGCGUACCUCAAGUCGCUCGGUGUGACGCAUGUCAUUGACCGCACCGCACCGCUAUCUGCUCUUCCCGCGGCAGUCAAGGCGAUCACGAGCAAGCCCGUCAAAAUCGCGUACGACGCCGUUUCAGAGUCAGAGACGCAAAACGCUGCGUACGACGUCCUCGCACCCGGUGGCAAGCUCGUAAUUGUUCUUGACAGAGCAGUCGACAAGGAUAAAAUCACGUCCGAAAAAGAGAUUUCGAAUCCCAACAACAUCGAGGUGCUGCCUGGUGGGCUUGCGGGUAUCUCUGAAGGUUUAGAGAAGCUCAAGAAGGGUGUCAGCGCUGUGAAGCUCGUUGUACACCCGCAGGAGACUGCCUAA